AUGGAUGAUAACCUUCCGACUCCAUUAGAGGGUCUCAAAGAAACAGGACCAGCACCUUUCUUAACGAAAACCUACAACAUAGUGGAGGAUACAAGCACAAACAGCAUGGUUUCAUGGAGCAGAGACAACAACAGUUUUAUUGUUUGGGAACCAGAGACUUUUGCCCUAAUUAUCCUCCCUAGAUGCUUUAAGCACAAUAAUUUCUCAAGCUUUGUUAGACAGCUCAAUACCUAUGGGUUUAAGAAGAUUGAUACAGAGAGAUGGGAGUUUGCAAAUGAGUAUUUUCUGAGGGGACAGAGACAUCUUCUCAAGAACAUCAAGAGAAGAAAGACAUCAUCUCAAACGCAACCGCAGACGCUAGAAGAACGUAGAUUUGGACUAGAAGGAGAGAUCCAAGGGAUGAGAAGAGAGAGAGUGGCUCUAGAACUGAUGAGACUGAGGCAAAAACAGAAAACCGUCAAAACUAAUCUUCAUUUGAUGGAAGAGAAACUGAAAGUCACCGAGUCGAAGCAAGAAAUGACGAUGGAUUUCUUGCUGAGGACGAUUAAGAACCCUAGUCUUUUACAGAGUUUAAGGAAACGUAAGCACCAAGAAAUCGAGAAUCGCGAGCAAGAGCAAGAGAUGAUCUCAAGCCAUGAAACUUUUAUCAAAGUUGAGCAAGAAGAAUAUGGAAAUGGUGAUGAGCUUCACAUAGCUUCAAUGGAGGAUCAAGGACAAGAUGAGGUUGAAAUAGAGAUGGAUAGUGAAGGUAUUUGGAAGGGUUUCGUGUUGAGUGAGGAAAUGUGUGUUUUAGGGGAAUAG